GUACUCUCACACGUAUUAUUCUGCAGCUGGGCCGGGUUUUAGUAGCUUCAAGAGUCAGCAUUCCGAUCUCUCAUUAUGCAAGAAAAGGAGGCAGUAGGAAUACCUAACCAAGCCGCAAGUGAAGACUCUGUCGAAGAGGAAACACAUGUAGAAGAGGAGCGCGAAGACGCGAAUGACGGUGACAAAGAUAAGGACGAGUCGAAUGCCGAAGCCACUCUUACGCGCAACCUCUGGAAACGAUUGCGAAAUAUCUUGCUUUUAAUCGCGGUUCUAUGGCUUGUAAUGAUUGUUGUGCGGUCGAGUGGCAAUCGGCGCUCGAAGGUCGUUUAUGCAAACCGCUACUCUGAAGAGUUCAAGUACAGACCCGCCGCUAGUCCUAUCAUUACGGAGACCCUCAAGGAUGGGAGGACACGUAUUCGUGGUGCAGAACCCACGGCCCGGUCUGCACCCCAGGUCCAGGAUGAGAAGCCGAAGUCAAAGAAGCGACGGUCGGGUAAGCAAAGACAGAAAAGGUCGAAGAGCAGGAAGUAAUAGGCGCGUGAGCCGGUGAAUCGAAUGAAGUUUCGAGGGAGUGUGGGCCCUGCGCGUAACUUAUAGUCAUGUAAUGAACUAGCAACAAUCUUUUGAAUUCGGAAUUGACCUGGAUGACACUGACACUGCCGUCAUUCGAAGCUGACUAAGCGAAGACCACGUUGAUCUACGUGUAUCGUAACUAUCGUUCAUUUCGUUCGUACUACUGCUAGUGUGCCAUACAGAUGGAUGCAGUCCUCGAUCGCCGCGAGCCUUCCAAUCUAGGGCUCUUUUUUGGCUCGCCUUCGUAUUUUCUUGCGAAGAAGAUCUACCCAUACCUUCAAAGAAGCGAUGCGCAUGUAUCCUUUUCUCGAGAUUCACGCGACCAAAUCCGUCUUGUGUGUAUUUCCGACACGCACAAUUAUCACAACUCAAUUACUCCUCUUCCAGACGGUGAUAUUCUCAUCCACGCUGGAGACAUGACACAGUCCGGUACUCUUGAAGAACUAGAAAACGCGUUGGCAUGGCUUAACACUCAGCCGCACGCAUACAAGUUCUUCAUUGCUGGCAAUCACGACUCCUGCCUCGUCGACCCAGCUAUUGUUGCGCACAUUCGCGAAGCAUAUCCUGAUUUACAUUAUUUGGAUACCACGGAGACGACGAUAGAUGUGCGAGGUCGUAUGUUGAACAUCUAUGGUAGCCCGUACACUCCGGAACACGGAUCUUGGCCUUUUCAAUACUCUCGUGUACAUCCGUCACAAGCUGCAUCGUCGAGACAGUGGGCUGCAAUACCCUUGUACACGGAUGUACUCAUCACGCAUGGUCCACCCGCGUACCAUCUUGAUAAUGACGGCUCGGGUUGUGUUGCACUAUUACAAGCACUUUGGCGCGUACGUCCACGACUGCAUGUCUUCGGGCAUAUUCAUGCUGCGCGGGGAACGGAAAUUGUGUCGUGGACUGCUGAUCAGGAGGCUUACGAGAAGAUGUGCGAGAAUAAAGGAGGAUGGUGGAAUUUGCUUCUGAUGCUCGUUUGUAUCGUGAGAGAGAAAAUGAAGAGAAGCCAGACAAGGCUGGUCAAUGCUUCUGUCGUGGGUGGCUAUCGGGACGAUCUUAGACGAAAUGCAGUUGUCGUGGACAUUUGAAGUGUUUACAGAGAGGCCUGGACGAUUUCCGGACGACAUACCGAAUUUUGUCCACCGCACAGUGGGAGGUAAU